CCGAAAUGAUCCGACACUUGCCCGCUUGACUCUUAAAUACUAUCAAAAUCCGAUGCUGUGUUCAUAUUUCCUGAAUUUCCACCGACUCCUCUUUGGAUUUCUUCCCUUUUUUUUUCUUUUUUAUUUUCUGGGUUCUUCAUUUCUCAUCUCGUUGAUCAAACCCUUUUAAUUUUAUGGACAAUCUCCUCGACGAUUUCCCCAAUUCAUGGAAUAAUUUUCACUACAACCCUCUUCUCUCAAAUGGGUUCUUUAACGUCAACCGAGAAAUCUUCGACCCUCUUCAUCAUAAUUCGUCGUCGUCGUCGACAUCGCCGUCGCUGUCGCCGUCGAGCACGGAGGGUAACUCACCGGAUUGUCACGACACCUCAAAUACGAUGCUAAAGUACAUCACGGAGAUGCUGUUGGACGAAGAGGAAGAUCUCAAAACUAAGCCCUGUAUGCUUAUUGACUGUUUGGCUCUUCAAGCUGCUGAGAAAUCUUUUUAUGAUGUUCUUGGUAAGAAGUAUCCUCCUCCUCCAAUCGGCCUUGGCGAUUCUACUCAGAAUUUUAGCUCUGAUUUGGGUUUUUUUAAGGCUGAAGAUGAAUCUGAAUCUUUUAAUGGAGAUUCCUCUGUUUUUCCCCCUUCUGAUAAACCUCUUUUGAGUCAAGAUUCCUUGUUUGGGAUGCAAUAUAUUUUCCAUUUUAGGCAAGGAGCUGUGGAGGCUAGCAAAUUUCUUCCUGUUAAUGGUAAAUUUGGAACCAUUGACUUGUAUAAUGAUUCAUCUGCUUCUGUUCCUUCUAGGGCUGUUGAUUUUUCUUGGCUUGCUGCUGUGGGUGAUGCUAGAUCCACCCUUCCAAAUGGGUUGUUUAGAGAAAAGAAGAAUCAUCAAAGGGAAGACAGUGAUGAGGAGUUGAGAAAUACUAAACAAUCUGCUACUUUUGCUGAUGAUAGUUCAUUGUCUGAGUUGUUUGAUGAACUCUUGCUGUGUAGGGGUGAGAGCCGGCAGUCCCCAUCAUGGGGUUCGGACGAAUCGUCGGAGAACGAAUCGAAUAAGAAAUCGAGAAAGAAAACGAAAGGUAAGAAGAAUAGAUCUAGGAAGCAAGAGAGUUGUGUGGAAGUUGUGGAUUUAUGGACAUUGUUGAUUCAAUGUGCUCAAGCUGUUUCAAAUUAUGAUCAGAGGACUGCUAAUGAGCUGCUUAAUCAAAUCAGGCACCAUUCUAAUCCAUCAGGGGAUGGAAACCAAAGAUUAGCUUAUUUCUUUGCUAAGGGCCUCGAGACUCGGCUUGCGGCCGGGACGCCGCUGUAUAUGCCGUUUGCAAGCAAUGAAACCUCUGCUGCUGAUAUCUUGAAAACUUAUCAGAUGUUCAUCAAGGCAUGCCCCUUCCGGCGGAUGUCAUAUUUCUAUGCCAAUAGAACAAUUCUGAAGCUAGCUGAGAAUGUAACAAGGCUGCAUAUUGUUGAUUUUGGUAUAUUAUAUGGUCUUCAAUGGCCUUGCUUAAUUCAGCGGCUCUCCAACAGACCUGGUGGACCUCCCAAGCUGAGAAUCACAGGGAUUGAGCUUCCUCAGCCAGGCUUCCGCCCCGCCGAACGGGUCGAGCAGACUGGACGUCGCCUUGCACAUUACUGCAAAAGAUUCAAUGUGCCAUUUGAACACAAGGUCUUGGCUCAGAAAUGGGAAACAGUUAAGUAUGAGGAUCUUAAUGUCGAUAGAGACGAACUGACUAUUGUGACUUGUAUGUUCCGAAUGAAGAACGUACCCGACGAAACCGUAGUUGCAAACAGUCCAAGAGACAAGGUUCUGAAGUUGAUUAGGAAAAUCAACCCAGAUCUGUUCAUUCAUGAAGUCACCAAUGGUUCAUUCAACACUCCAUUCUUCAACACAAGGUUUAAGGAGGCACUCUUUUACUACUCAUCGUUAUUCGACAUGUACGAGGCGACUGUGCCUCGAGAUAAUCCACAGAGGUAUCUAUGCGAAAGGGAAAUCUUAGGAAGAGAUAUCAUGAACGUUAUAGCGUGCGAAGGGCUCGAAAGAGUCGAAAGGCCAGAGACAUACAAGCAAUGGCAAGUAAGGAACACUAGGGCCGGGUUCAAGCAAGUGCCAUUAGACCAAGAACUGCUGAAGAAUGUGGAGAAGAUAGUGAACACAGAAUACCAUCAGGACUUCGCAGUGGAUCAGGAUGGAGCAUGGAUGUUACAAGGGUGGAAGGGACGGAUCAUCGACGGGUUGUCGUGUUGGGUAGUCGCAUAACGUGCCAGGACAGGAGGUACUACAAUAGCCAUAGAAGACUUAGAAGUCUAUAAUAUUUAUAUCCAUUAUGAACUCUUGUGUCUACUAGUUAUUAUGUAGCUUGAUUGCUGGAAGUUUUGUAUAUAAGGAUGUCAAAAUUUGGGCAUGAAAAUUACAUUUCC